CAUUCACUGGUUUUGGUUGUGUGAGAGAGGGCUGUAACCCAAAUAUUUGUUGAUUAUUAAGAUCCUCUAUCAUAACUAUAUAAGUGAUUAUUAAUAGGUUUAUUUAAAACUAGUUUGGAAAUAAUAUCCUAAUUUACUAGUUCAAUAUGUCUGUAUCACAAUUUUUAGAAGGUUUACCUUCAUAUAAUGAGAACAAUUUUACCAAAUUCCAAGUCGAUAAUAACAACAGGACGUCGUCCAAAAGACCUCCUGUUUAUGUACCUACCAAGGAAUUCCCUUCAGAACAAAUAAUUGUCACAGAAAAGACCAGUAUUUUAUUGAAAUAUAUGCAACAACAUUGGGACAAAAAAUAUAACUCUAAGAAAAGAGAUAUCAGUCCACCAUCACACGAGCCCAGCAGGAAAAAAACAAGGACGGACACAACCAGGGAUAAUUCACGGGACUAUGCAAUGAGCAUGAAUGACUUUUGAAUCUGUAUUUAUUAUAAUGUGUACAUAUAAACGUAUUUCAAAUGUAAUUCCACAUAUUAUAUCAUUUCAUAUUUGGAUUUGAUCGUGAACAUCUUUUUGUAUAGCAAACGCAGAGAUGUGAUCCAAUUAACACAAAACUGUAGUAUCUCUCUCUUUUAAAGUGCUUAAAACUGAUUCGGCUUGAUGGCCCAGCGGGUGGCAGACUCAUUUCAACUUGAGUAAUUUACUAGGUUUAUAGUUCGAGAAAUACGCUAACCAGAGAAAAAUUUCACAAUAGUCUGUCGAUGGAUAUGUUGUACGGUGAGAGAUAGGGCCUCGCAGAUCGCUGACAAAGUAUUAUACGAAAUAUACAUAUAAAAGUGAUUACGGUUGCCUAAUUCACUAAAUUGCAAUGAAUGCACUGAAUAUAUUUCCUUUUAAAUUAUAAAAAUACUUUCUGAAUUGAUUUCUUUGAUAAACUGAAUUAUUGUUUCUACAUAGAGAUUCUUUCAGAUCUAACUUACCUUCGGGUAUUACAUUUUUUAUCAUAGUUUAUCAGUAAAUCAAUUAUAUACGAAAAUAAAGCGAAGAAGAUACAAUUUUAAAUGUGUUUAAUAAGAAAUAUGCAAUCCCUUGUUUUUUAACUUCUGGAGUGUGUUUUAUAAUGUAAGAGAAAACAACAAUACAUUUUACAAAGUAUAAAUUUUACUACUACUCAACUGAUUGUCAAUAGGACUAAAAUCCGGUGAGUUUUGAGACCAUUCAGGCAUGGUUUGGCUGUAGUUCAGUUUACAAUCUGUGAUGAAGCAAUUUUCUGCAGUUUUGCCAGUUUAUUCAGCCUUAUAUCGUUCCAAGGAGUUCGGUAACUUUAAAACAAGACGAGCAGCUCUAAAAAAUCUCCAACAGAAGUUUACCUGUAUGAUAACUAUGAGCUGUUGUUGUUUUCUGUCGUCACAUUCGUGUUUCUGUGUCGAAAAUGGGUCUCAAUUUGGAUAUUUAUUGCCUAAUCGUAUCUUUUCUUGUGGCAGCUAAUAAUGAUUGUUUUUUUCUAUUCCUAAGUUGUUUUCAUAUAGAUAGUAUUGAUGAAAAAUAAUUCCAGGGUGUGCCAAGUUUUGUUAAAGUUGUUAGCUUGUAUUCCUUGGUUUAAUUCAGUGUUCCUCAUUAAAAACAGCCUCAUCCUUUGCUGUUGUCUUUCUCUUCCUACAUUUCACUUUUAUAUUCAAUUAACUCGAAACAGUAUCUUUUUGUUGUUUCAAAACCUUGAUUGCACCUUCCAAAUUUACACUACACACUUUGACAGUAUCUCUUUGAUGGGCAGAUUAUCUAUUUUCAUAAAUAAAUCAGUAAUUUCAGCUUAUUUGUAUGGUUCAUAACUCAGUUACUAUCAAAAAUUGUCACUACUUUGACAUAAAAGAGUUGCCAACUGGAUUCGUUGAUUUUAAAGAGGCCUAUGACUCAAUAAAGAGAAGCCAGUUAUAUAACAUCUUGGAAAACUUCAACACCCACUCGAAAUAUAUCCCACUAGUAAAGGCAUGGAUGGACUCAACAACAGCAAUGGUACAUAUACGGAAUGAACUUACUGAAAGCUUUGAAAUAGUACAAAACAAGGCGAUGGAGUGGCUCCAACACUGAACAUACAAAAGACAAAAACACUAACACAAACAAGAGCGUAGAGAAAAAAGAAAUCCAAAAAAGAAAAAUGAAGAGCAGCAAAUCCCUAAAUUGGAAAUCAAUGAUUAAAGUCCUUCAUUAGAUCAGUUGUGUGUUGUAAAUGUAUAAAAUAAUCUACCGCAGCAUACUCCAAGUGGCGAAUUCGAAGCAGUAGAGAGAUAUUAGAGAUAGAGAGAGAGAUACUAAAUUAAUUAAAAUAUGGAAAGACCGAACAAUAACAAGGAAAUACUAAGCUCAUGUUGGUAAUGCUUUUAUUUUUCUCAUUACUACAUACGCUGCUGAAACAUGGGCUUUAAAAAAAAAACGAUGGAAGUGCUGCAAGCCAAACUGAUCCGACUAUCAGAGAUUUGUUUGAAGGGGAUACUCAACAAUGCAUCUUCCAGCAGGAUGAAGCGCCCUGUCAUACGACCAAGACUUCCGUGGAAUGAUUGAGAAACUUUGAUGUUACUGUCCUACCUUGGUGUCGAAAUAGAACCGAUCUAAACCCAAUAGAAAGUCUAUGGUCAAGACUGAAAGUGUUAGUAUCACGCCGAAAACAAGAGAGAAAUGAUGGAAGCCAUUAUUCAAAACUGAUUUAGAGUCUGUUCUAAAGAAUAAAGAUUAUUCUAGCAAAUACUAAUUUUCUUUUUAAUAAGGUAAAGUGCCCAAAUACCGCCCACCUAAGCAAAAUCUUAAAUUCUGAAAUUUGAUUUAGAGUUAAAAUAGUGAAAAAAACUGAUUUAAGUAACUUAACUCUAUGUCUGAGUACGAUUCUACUAAAUAAAAUUUCCUGAAGUAAAAAUAAAUAAAUAACAAAAUAAAGCAAAUUUCGGUUCUUUAAAAAUGGUAUCCCAAUUCAGUAUUAAUAUCUGUUAUAAUAAAUUUAUUGAGAUAGGAACAUGUUUAUAUGCUUAUGUUGAUACAUAAGUUCUAUCUAUUUACACCUCCAGACACAAAUCACAAACACAAUUUUCGACCUUGGUUGAAGUUGAACACAUCUCAUGGUACCACUUGAAGCAUUCCGAACACCUUAUCCAUUUUUCUCCUCGCUUGUCUUGUGAAAAACGUUUUCCACAAAUGGCACAUGGUGCAUCUUCAUCGCCCGAACUAUCCUCAUCAUCGGUUGAUACCAGUGGAACUUCUAUUUCGUCCUCAGAGUCACUUGAAUUUAAAUCCCACUUCGUUGAUUUCUUCUUGGGACGUUUGUUAAUUAUGUGCCAAGAUUUUCUUCAUCUUCCAUGAAAAGAUGUUUCUUAGCCUUUGACUGCCUCUUCUCUUCUGCCAUUUGUUUCUUUUGUAAAGAGAUUUUGAGAGAAGUUUUUUGAGGAGAUCCAGUUACCAAGAAUGAAGUACCGGCUCUAGAAGAUGUCGAAGGUUCAAUAACAUAAGUCCCUAUCCCAAACUUCUAUUUCAAAACUUUCUGUAGGCUCUUGUUAUAUAAACAAGUACAAUAACGUUCGUGUCAUUACAGAGAGAUGGAUCAUUAUACUUUGUGUGACAAAACGCUCUGCGUUUACUAUAAUAAUAAUGUAUUUAGAUGUCUGAAACUGAAAUGGAUAUACAAUUCAGUCGGCAUCUACCUGAUAUUUUGUUUAUAACCUAAGAUUGGAUAAAUAGCACAAAUAUCAUUCAUUUUUGUAAAUAUUACCAUAGCAUUUUUUUACUUCUUGUACAUUUAAAAUCGAACUGAUUAAUAUCAUUCCAAACGAUUAACAAAAAAGAUGUUCUACUUCAAAAUUCAUGUACAGUUUCAUAAGAGAAGGAAAGCAAACAGUUCAUCAAAGAUAUCCGCAGUUAUAAAAGAGACACAUUCAUAAUUUUGGUAUUUGUUCGGGGAUACGUCCAUUGAUAAUGUAAUGUGCUUCCAAAAAACGUGGAGUGGUAUACAAACAAUUUGGAAUUUUUCGGUGGUGGAUAUUUACAUGUUUUAUUCAAGUUAAUAGUUAUACCUAUUGCGCAACUUUCUAUCGCGUAUAACGUCAGAUUCGAGCAGUAGAGACAUGUUUUUUGUUCCACUGUAAAAAUUAUACAGGUUAAAAUAUGAAAUCGAAAUGUAAAUACUUACAAAUUAUACCAGAAAUGUCUAAUGCCAUUCGCCCCUCUUGUAUACUGACCAGAAGAGUAGGCCAUUUUGAAAUUGUGAUUUUUUUGUUAUUUUAAAGUUUACAUUUGAAAGACAAAAUUGAUAAUUCUAUAAUAUGAAUGCUAAAUGAACCAUGCAAUAUUGAAUGCGAAAGCCUAGCUGCUUAAAUCGAAGAGGAAUACAUUUAAUUAAAUGUCCACAUUCUGACCGACGUUAUUCUGUGCCUGCAAUAGCAACUCUACCAAUUCAUGGACAGUUUUUGUAUGUCUUUGGAAACUUCGUCUAGCUAAUCGUAGAGAUAUUCUAUAGCUCUAGGUGCUAGCUAAUUCAAACUCCUAAUGCUCAAUUCAUCAUUUUUAGGUCAUCCUCUUAGCGAACAGCUGCUUUUUAUUUAUG